AUGCAGUGGCAUUACUUUCUUUCAUUUUUUCUCUGCCUCGGCGUGUAUGGCUUUCCAUCAUACCUCGAGGGUCCUGUCGGAAAGGUUGUUUCUGCAAGACUUUCAGGUAAAGUGGAAGAAGCAGUUCGAAGCCAUGAUAAGAGACUUUCGCUUGAUCUCGCCAGCAAGCCUAUCAAAGUAACUGGCGAGCACAAAUUCAUCCCACCGAACUUUGAGAAGGGUGACCAGCGAGGUCCUUGUCCUGGUCUCAAUGCGCUGGCGAACCAUGGAUAUAUCAGUCGCAAGGGAGUUACAAGCCUCGUCGAGGUAGCGGGUGCUAUCAACCAGGUUUACGGAAUGGGAGUGGACUUGGCAACUAUCUUGGCAACCAUGGGCACUGUUUUUGUCGGAAACCCUCUAUCUCUCAACCCAGGCUUCUCCAUCGGCAGCACCGCCAGUGGCGCACAGAAUAUUCUUGGUAACCUCAUCGGACUGUUGGGAACACCGCGAGGUCUGAACGGAUCACACAACAUCAUCGAAGGUGAUUCAUCCAACACACGGGAUGACUUGUAUGUCACUGGAGAUGCGUCUACCAUGGACAUGGACCUGUUUCAGUCGCUCUACGAUAUGGCUUCCGAUGAGGGUACUUAUGACUUUGACGCUAUUGCCAAACGAGCCAAGAUCCGAUUCCAUGAGACAGUUGCUACUAAUCCUAACUUUUACUAUGGACCCUUCACGGGUAUGAUUGCGCGAAAUGCGGGAUACUUCUUUGCUUGUCGGUUGCUUUCGAACCACACUGUUGGAAGCACUGAGGAUAUCAUGGACCGAGAAACCCUGAAGAGCUUCUUCGCUGUUCAUGAGAAAGACGGAAAGCUUGUCUACAAGCGCGGCUGGGAGAGAAUCCCAGAGAAUUGGUAUCGUAGAUCAGUUGACUAUGGUCUCAUUAGUCUCAACUUGGAUCUUCUUGCCUUAAUCGCGAAGUACCCUGAGCUCGGAAGCAUCGGAGGCAACAUGGGAGAGGUCAACAGCUACGCAGGCGUCGACGUAACAAACAUCACCGGCGGAGUGCUCAACCUCACCAAGCUUCUCGAGGGCAACAACCUGCUUUGCUUUAUCUUCGAGAUCGUCAAGACCGUUGCGCCAAACUCUCUUUCAACUAUCUUCUCUAUCAUCGCAGCUCCUCUCGAACUCAUCACCGACGCUAUCGGAUCUACUCUCUUGAAUCUAGCUUGCCCAGCCUUUAAGGACCUGACUGUUGGUGGACAGGACUUCGAGGAUGGAAUCAAGGACAAGUUCCCUGGUGCCAGCCUGGGCUCUUCUGUUAUCUAA